AUGCGGGCGCCGGCCAGGGAGCUCUUCCGGGACGCUGCCUUCCCGGCCUCGGACUCCUCGCUCUUCUCCAGCUUUUCCACGCCGCUGGCCCAGUUCCGGGAGGAAAUCACGUGGAGGCGGCCCCAGGAAAUCUGCGCCACGCCCCAGCUGUUUGCAGAUCGCGCUCAGGAAGGACAGGUGAAGCAAGGGCUGCUAGGGGACUGCUGGUUCCUGUGUGCCUGCGCCGCCCUGCAGAAGAGCCAACACCUCCUGGACCAGGUCUUUCCUCCGGGACAGCCGAGCUGGCUCGACCAGACGUACCGCGGCUCCUUCACCUGUCGAGUUUGGCAGUUUGGACGCUGGGUGGAGGUGACCAUAGAUGACCGUCUGCCUUGUCUUGCAGGGAGACUCUGCUUCUCCCGGUGCCAGAGGGAGGAUGUGUUCUGGCUUCCCUUACUGGAGAAGGUGUACGCCAAGGUCUACGGGUCCUAUGAGCACCUGUGGGCAGGACAGGUGGCUGACGCCCUGGUGGACCUCACUGGUGGCCUGGCCGAAAGGUGGAACCUGAAGGACAUGGCAGGAACCAGCGGCCAGCAGGACAGGCCCAGGGGCGCGGAACGUAGGACUUGUCGGCAGCUGCUCAGCCUGAAGGACCGCUGUCUGCUGAGCUGCUCGGUGCUCAGCCCCAGAACAGGUACCAGGGCGCUGGGGGAGUUUCAUGCUUUCAUUGUCUCGGACCUGCGAGAGCUCCGGGGUCGGGCUGGUCAGAGCAUCCUGCUGCUGCGGAUUCAGAACCCCUGGGGCCGGCGGUGUUGGCAGGGGCCCUGGAGAGAGGGGGGUGAAGGGUGGAACCGGGUGGAGUCUGCGGCCCAGUCUGAGCUGCUGUCGCAGCUCCAGGAGGGGGAGUUCUGGGUGGAGGAGGACGAGUUUCUGCGGGAGUUUGACGAGGUCACCGUUGGCUUCCCCAUCUCGGAGGCUGGCCACCUGCAGAGCCUCUGCUCAGGAAGGGUGCUGUGCCACACUCAGGAGCUGCCCGGGGCCUGGGUCAAGGGCCAGUCGGCGGGAGGCUGCCGGAACAACAGCGGCUUUCCCAGCAACCCCAAGUUCUGGCUGCGGGUCUGCGAACCCAGCGAGGUAUACAUGGCCGUCCUGCAGAGACCGCAGCUGCGCACAGCGGGCCACCCAGGCAGGGACUACCAGGCCGUGGGCCUGCACAUCUGGAAGGUGGAGAAGCGGCGGGUCAGCCUGCCCAAGGCCCUGUCCGCGCCCCCCGUGGCGGGCACCGCGUGCCACGCGUACGACCGCGAGGUCCACCUGCGCUGUGAGCUCGCCCCGGGCUACUACCUGGCCGUGCCCAGCACCUUCCUGAAGGACGUGCCAGGGCGGUUCCUGCUCCGGGUCUUCUCCAGCGGGAGAGUCUGCCUCAGCGCCAUCCAGCCGGCAGCCCAGAGCGCUGCCCCCCGGGAGGCCCUGCCUGUGGGCGAGUGGGAGACCGUGAGGCUGCGGGGCUCCUGGAGAGUCGGCCGGACGGCGGGGGGCAGCCGGAACUUUGCCUCCUACCCCACCAACCCCCGCUUCCCCCUCUCGGUGCCGGAGGGCGCGGGCCCCCGCUGCGUCCGCAUCACCCUGCGCCAGCACUGCCGUGACCAUGAGCGCCUCCCCAUCGGCUUCCACGUCUUCCAGGUCCCAGCGGACGGCGGGGGCCAGGAUGCGCCCUCCUUGCUGCUCCAGGAGCCUCUGCUGAGCUGUGUGCCGCACUGCUACGCCCAGGAGGUCAGCCGGCUCUGCCACCUGUCCGAGGGGACCUAUUGGAUCGUGCCCUCCACCUACCUGCCGGACACAGAGGGGGCCUUCACAGUGACCGUAGAGACCAGAAUAGACAGGCGCUCCAUUCACAGCCAGGAGAUGCUGGGGCAGCUCCUCAAGGAGGCCUCCUUCGUGGCAGUGAUGAAAGCCUAA